ACGUCACGUCCGGCGCGGGGUGGGCGGGGCGGUCGGCGUCCCCUCGACCUCGUCGCGGCGGCCGCCGGGAGCAGCGGAGCGAUGGCGGCGGUGGCGGCGGUGCGGAGCCUCCCGCUUCGGCCCUACGGCCGCCUCCUGCUGCCGCGGGCCCGGGCCGCGCCCCCCACGGCCCCCAUGUCGUCCUUCUCGGGGCUGUCGCGGGGGGGGAAGGUGGCCCUGUCGGCGCUGGGGGUGCUGGCGGCGGGCGGGGGGGGCCUGGCGCUGGCCCUGCGCUCGGCGCUGGACGCCGGGGAGCUGGAGAUGCACCCGCCGACCUUCCCCUGGAGCCACGGCGGAGCCCUGGCCGCCCUCGACCACGCCAGCCUGCGGCGCGGGUUCCAGGUGUACAAGCAGGUGUGCUCCGCCUGCCACAGCAUGGAGUACCUGGCCUUCCGCAACCUCAUCGGCGUCACGCACACCGAGGCCGAGGCCAAGGCGCUGGCCGAGGAGGUGGAGGUUCUGGACGGCCCGGACGAGAACGGGGAGAUGUUCACGCGUCCCGGCAAAAUCUCCGACUACUUCCCGAAGCCGUACCCCAACGCCGAGGCCGCCCGCGCCGCCAACAACGGGGCGCUGCCCCCCGACCUCAGCUACAUCGUCAACGCCCGGCACGGGGGGGAGGAUUACGUCUUCUCCCUCCUCACGGGCUACUGCGACCCCCCCGCCGGCGUGACGGUGCGGGAGGGGCUGCACUACAACCCCUACUUCCCCGGGCAGGCCAUCGGCAUGGCCCCCCCCAUCUACAACGAGAUCCUGGAGUUCGAUGACGGCACCCCGGCCACCAUGUCGCAGAUCGCCAAGGACGUCUGCACCUUCCUGCGGUGGGCGGCGGAGCCGGAGCACGACCACCGCAAACGCAUGGGAUUGAAGAUGCUGAUGAUCUCGGGGCUCCUCAUCUCCCUCCUCUACUACCUGAAGCGCCACAAAUGGUCCGUGCUGAAGAGCAGGAAAAUGGUCUAUCGGCCCCCAAAAUAGACGGGGGGGGGACACACACACACGGGCACGCACACAGAGAGCGGGGUGCCCCCCCCCACCCCGGCUGCACCACGCACACCCCCUGGGCUGAGGUGGGGGGGGGGACGACACACACGGAGGGGGCACAGCCGACACCGUGUGCCCCCCCCUUGCCCCCGCGGCCCCUUAUCCAGCGUCGCCCUCCCCGGGAAGGCGGCGGAGGGUGGGGGGGG